CUGAGUGCUGCCCCUCUCAUCUCCGGCUUGGCGCGGAUCUGAGAUAUACAGUCAAGAGGUGGAGAGUGACGAGAGAACGGUGGGGAAGAGCAAGGGGAAGAAGGGAAUACACUGAUUGCAGGAGGAGGACCUUCGACAUGGAUGCCCUAGCACUAGAAGCCACCAGUGGUAAAAAGACGUUUAUCGGGGCGGCAGUGCCUGCCCCGCUGCCAGCUCUAGCCCCGGUCAAACGCAAACCUGCUAAAAAAGCUAAAAAGGCUGUUGUUUUCUUUGAGGUGGAGAUACUGGAUGCCAAGACCAAGGACAAGCUCUGCUUCCUGGACAAGGUCGAGCCAAAUGCCACUAUCGGGGAGAUCAAGUCUAUGUUCCACAAGAGCCAUCCUCAGUGGUACCCAGCCAGACAGUCCAUUCGCCUCGACCCCAAGGGGAAGUCGCUGAAGGAUGAGGAUGUGCUGCAGCAACUUCCUGUGGGAACCACGGCAACCUUCUACUUCAGAGACCUGGGAGCUCAGAUCAGCUGGGUCACAGUGUUUCUGACGGAGUAUACCGGUCCUCUGGUCAUCUAUCUGAUGUUCUACUUCAGGGUUCCCUUCAUCUAUGCUCCCAAAUAUGAUUUUACCACCAGUAAACACUGGGUCGUACAUCUGGCCUGUAUGUGUCACUCUUUCCACUAUGUUAAGAGGCUGCUGGAGACGCUGUUUGUCCAUCGCUUCUCUCAUGGAACGAUGCCGUUACGCAACAUCUUUAAGAACUGUACGUAUUACUGGGGCUUUGCGGCGUGGAUGGCCUAUUACAUCAACCACCCGUUGUAUACCCCACCCAUCUACGGGGAGCAACAGAUAAGACUUGCCCUCAUCAUAUUCUUGUUCUGUCAGAUCGGCAACUUUUCCAUUCACAUUGCUCUCCGGAACCUCCGUCCACCAGGCUCUAAGACCAGGAAGAUUCCCUAUCCAACCAAGAACCCCUUCACCUGGAUCUUCCUCCUGGUCUCCUGCCCCAACUACACCUAUGAGCUGGGCUCCUGGCUUGGCUUCACAGUCAUGACGCAGUGCCUGCCGGUGGCCUUCUUCACCUUGGUGGGUUUCAUCCAGAUGACAGUCUGGGCCAAGGGGAAGCACCGCAGCUACCUGAAGGAGUUCCGUGACUACCCUCCUCUCCGCUCACCCAUCCUGCCGUUCAUCCUGUAGAGGACUAUUUGGCCGUUCCCCCACCCAUCCAGCUCUCCCCGGUUGAAGGAAUCAAGUACACCCUAACUGAAAGGGUGCACCUCCCCCUUUCCUUCCUCCGAAAUCUACACCAGAACUUCUUAGAUUGAUUGACAGAAUCUAACCCUGCCCCCUUCUUUUCUUUCCUCCCAAACCAAAUGUUCUCUCUCCCUUCCUGUUCUUGAUCCCUGUCAUUUUAAGUGAAAUAUAAAACAAUACACCUGC